UCUGUCAAAUUUUGCUUUGACGUGUCGUGAAUUAGUGAUAAUUUGAUUUUCUUAUAUUUUCGCUAUUUUAUACGAUGGUUUCGUAUUAACCGCGGUAGUGUGUGAUAUUAAUAGAACCAAGGGAGUGGUGCAAAAUGGAUUUCUUUAAAAGUGGUCUCAAGACCGUGCUCGGCGCCCCGGAGCCCGGACAACAACCUUCGGCUGGCGAGACGGUGGAGCGUCUAGUGAACCGCGUGGAGAACUCCACACUGCUGGAGGACCGGCGUGACGCCUGCCGCGCGCUCAAAGCGUUGUCGCGCAAGUACCGCGUCGAGGUCGGCGCGCAGGGCAUGGCCACCCUAAAGCAGGUGCUAGAGCUCGAUCGCGCCGACAAUGAGACCAUAAACUACGCCCUCGAUACGCUUAACAACAUCAUGUCCCCCGCCCAGUUCGAGGAGGAAGAGAAGAACCCCAACAUUCCCAUGAACAUCGGGGAACAGUUCACAGAAAUGUUCAUCAAGGACCACAACAACAUCCAACUUGUUUUAGAUCUCCUAGACGAAUAUGACUUCAGAGUACGACUAUCAGCAGUCCAGCUGCUCACGUCGCUGCUAACGAACAGGCCUAAAGAUAUACAGGAAAUAAUUCUAGUCAAACCAAUGGGCGUGUCCAAAAUGAUGGAUCUCUUGGGAGACACGAGAGAAGUCAUACGGAAUGAAACCUUGCUCCUGCUAAUAAAACUGACGAAAGGAAAUGCUAAUAUACAGAAAAUCGUCGCGUUUGAAAAUGCGUUUGAUAGGCUAUUUGAAAUCGUGUCGUCUGAAGGGUAUUCCGACGGCGGAAUAAUCGUGGAAGACUGUCUGCUCCUCAUGCUAAACUUACUAAAGAAUAACAGCAGUAAUAUCCACUUCUUCAAAGAAGGGAACUACAUCCAGAAGAUGCUGCCAAUGUUCCAGACUCCCGACGACGCGGAAGACAUCGGCUGGUCGCCGCAGAAGGUGUCCAACGUGCACUGCAUGCUCCAAAUAGUGAGGACUUUAGUGUCGCCGAGUAACGCGGUGCAAAUUAUAACUAGUUGUCAAAAGAUAAUGAAAUACGCGAGCUUGUUGGAUUCUCUGUGCAAUAUACUGAUGGCGAGCGGUGUGCCGGCGGACAUUUUGACGGAGACGAUCAAUACUGUGGGAGAGGUGGUGCGGGGUGACGUGAAUAAUCAAGACUUCUUGGGAAACGUGAUGGCGCCUUCCAACCCGCCAAGACCGGCCAUCGUGGUGCUACUUAUGUCGAUGGUCAACGAGAAACAGCCGUUUUCGUUAAGAUGCGCCGUCCUCUACUGCUUCCAAUGUUACCUCUACCACAACGAGAUGAGCCAAGCCAGCUUAGUCCAGACUCUUUUACCUUCCUCCUCCGACGUCUCAAGCUUGACCAGCGGGCAACUGCUUUGCGGGGGGUUAUUCUCAUCCGAUGUGUUAUCAAACUGGUUCUCAGCAGUUGCGUUGAUGCACGCGCUGACUGAGAAUCCGUCGCAGAAGGAGCAGUUGUUAAGGGUGCUGCUUGCGACUAAUAUAGGAAGCUCGCCCGUGUCUUUGUUGCAUCAAUGCACCCUGCUGCUGCAACAGUCGACUAAACUGCAGGCUAAGGUGGCCCUACUAAUGCUCCUCUCGCAAUGGAUGAGCCACUGUCCGUCAGCAGUGAGCGCCUUUCUCAAAGUGCCAGGUGGCGUCGGCUACCUCGUCAACCAGACCUGCUCCAACGAGCACGACGAGAACGAAUACCUUUUACAAGGCCUAUCAGCUUUCCUCCUAGCCAUCUGCAUACACUUCAACGACGAUUCCGUAGAGAACUACUCCAAAGAUUCCCUCAAACAACUUCUGUUAAAAAGGAUAGGCAUGGAGACGUUUUCAGGGAAACUCAGUGAGGUGACGAAGCACGAGUCGUACAAUAAAGCGGCGAAACAUCCUCAAUUAAGAGUCAAGGCGGCAGCGGAGAUUCUUAUUGACUACGAAUUCUGCAAGUUGUUCAAGUCUCUUGAAGGAGUGGUGGUGGAAAGCUUCACGGUGAAGAAAGAGAACGGCGUGGACUCCGCGCCGGAAUCCCGCGCCUCGCCUUCGUCUGGAACCCUCCAGCAGUACAAGAGCCUCAUCCGGCAGCAGGACGCGCGUCUACAGGAGCUCACGCAGCAGCUGGACGGCUUGCUGCAGCACAACCGCCGCCUGCAGGAGCCUCCAGUACAAGAGCCUCGUCCGGCAGCAGGACGCCUGCAGGAGCUCACGCAGCAGCUGGACGGCUUGCUGCAGCACAACCGCCGCCUGCAGGUGGGACAGUGUGCCUUGCGGCGAUACAGUUACGGCUCAUGA